UGCACGAUGAUCCUGCUGAUGGUUUUGAGUUGGAACCGCGUUUCCACACAACAGACACGCUUUCGUUUUGGUUCUGAUCGACAAUCACAAUCAUGAUUCAUAGCUUUAGACCUUUGCACUCAUCAGACCAACGCCGUUCACGUACCGUUCGACACUUCGGCCAUCGCUCAGACCUAGACUUUACUUGGAAUCCACUACACACUGCCCCACCCGCCUGGCUCCUUCCCUUGACUCUGCGAAUCCUCGAGCGAAGACUUUGCUGCUAGUCAAGCCGGGACGAGCCAAAAAUGACACACGAACGAAUGCGCAAAUCGCGCAGACGAGCCUCGCCGGACGAGGUGGAACUGGCACGUCGAGCUAUAGGCAGCAACACGCAGAUUCAGUUGAGCAGAGGCUUCAGCGCUGGUCAAUUACAGUACACCAUUCCCAUCCAAGUAGGAGCUCCUGCAGAAGAAUUUCAUUUGCAACUGGAUACCGGCUCGAGCGAUCUGUGGCUCGCAUCAAAAGAUUGCAGAUCCAGCAGCUGUCGACCUAAUUCCGGCGCGGGCGUAGACUUGUACGACGAUGGCGGUGCGACCAAAACUAACAAGGAGUUUGAUAUCACUUAUUUGGCAGGCACAGCAAAAGGAGACAUCGUUACGAGCAACAUAGAAGUGGGUGGAACAUCGUUCGCCCAAGCUUUUGCAGCUGCUACCGACGUGGAAUCACAACAGCUGGGAUCGAUGGGUGCAUCGGGCGUGCUGGGACUCGCUCUGCCCGCCAACUCGAUCAUACAAGCGACGCUCAAAGGUUCACCUGCCGCAGCAAAUGAUUCCUUUCCCAGCUCCAGCGCCACGGGUAGCAUUUUGCCCGGCGUGUGGCAAGAUGCAGCUGCAGGGACACGGUUCUUUAGCAUUGGCUUGCAACGUCUGCCUUCGGAUGGAGGCAACGGCAACUCGACACUCACCUUCGGAGGGUACGAUGCCGCUUAUGCGCCCGAUGCUAGCCAGAUCAAGUGGGGCUCCAAUGUGGCUGAUACGGACGGCGUAAAUCGCAAAUGGACCUCCCUCGUCACCCAGCUCAUCACUACGGUCAACGGCACCUCUACCGCUUUGCCCAACUACACUGCCCUGAAAGCCAUCUGGGACACUGGUGCUCGCUUCAAUUAUGGUAGGAGGGACAUAUUGAAUGCCAUGUAUGGCGCGUACGGACUCGGCCCGAAUGCGGAUCAGAGCGGAUACUACUUUCCCUGUCGCACAUUGCUGCAGAUCACCCUCAGCAUCAAUGGAGAGCUCGCGACCAUCCAUCCGCUCGACUCGACGCUCAAGCAGACGGAUCCGACUUCGUCAAGCUCUUCGGGCUGCAUCGGCGGCUUCCAACCCUUUGUGGAUGACGCGAAUGCGCCGGCCGAUCUGGUGCUCGGUGCGCCUGCUAUGCGAAGCAUAUACAGCGCGUUCUCUUGCGAUGGUGUUCUGAACGGCGCUCCUCAAGGUGCUGCGGCGCCCAACUGCGAUCGCCCACAGAUUGGCGUGCUUGGGCUACUCAACGAUCCUGCUUCUCGCAACGAAGCCAUAGAUCAAUUCAACCAGGUGCGCGUGCAAGGAAAGAGUCUGGGAGACGACUCGAUCAUUGACAACGACGGAGCUGGCGGUACUGCAUCGAGAGGUCUAGGGUCGGGCGCGAAGAUUGCCAUCGGCGUGGUGCUGGGUGUCGUUGGGCUGUUGGUCGUUGUAGCAGGUGCGGUACUCUACGUCAAGCGACGGAGAGCAGCGAGAAAUGGCGAAUACGACUCGCCGGGACAAGGACUGGACGGUGCGGCAGAGAAGGAGGAAGCGUUGGAUGGUGGGCGUCGCGCUCAAAAGUCGGCAAAGGAGCAAGCUGCAGCGAGGGAGUGGGCACUGUUGCACGGACAAUUUCCCGAAGACGAACCGCAAGGAGAACAGCCGGAUCUUGCUGCUCGAACCACUGCGGCCCCUACGUGGGACACUGAUUCCAGGGGCUACUGGGAAGCGCGUGCGGUCAAAAAUGAGUAUAAACAAAAAGCUAGGGCUCCUGCCCGGGGCGACGCCUCAAGUAGUGGAGCAUCCGGCGCGGGAAAGGAACAUGAGAUCUCAGGACAAAGAGCAAGUCAGCACAAGCAUAGCGCUAGCGCUUUUACGGCCCAUCCAGAGUCGUACGAAAUGUCGGACACGGGCAGUCACAGACUUGGACCGCUGUCGCACGAUGCCACACACUCUCCGUUUUAGAUGGUAGAGGGCGGUGCCGCUGUUGAUCAGCUUCCUCUCUCGCUCGAUCUGCUUCCAUGCCAAGUUUUUCAUUGCAUUCCUCGCCUCUUCUGCACGUGUAUUGUAAUACCGUCCAUCGUCCAUCUCACAAGGCUUUCUUCACGUUUAUGUUUUCAAGUCGGUUACGCACACCUGACACCUCUGUGCCCUUUCCAUCUACCAUUGUCUCACGGUUCAUGCGUUGAAGUCUGGCGAUACCACGCACGGAUGCAAGGCCUGUAAUAACACAUCUUCAUUGCAGAAUUGGAACGGCGAUCUACCGGACCUCCUUCUCGGGAAGCGACCGACAAUGAAAGGUCUUGAGCUUAACGAUGCUUUCACCUCGAACGCUUUCGCAACACCCAAGGCGAACUGAUGAUAGGUCGAAGGCCAUGCGCA